AUGGCAACUGCGCCUUCAUCAUUUGCGUCCAAUCGCUCAGUCACAAACCGUGCCCGAGCCGGCCGCGAGCGGCGAUCCACUAUCCCAGAUCGCCCAGAUCUUCCUAUCAAUCUCUGGUCGAUAAUGAAAAACUGCAUCGGCAAAGAGUUGUCAAAAAUCCCAAUGCCAGUAAACUUCAGUGAACCGUUAUCUGUACUGCAGAGGAUUACCGAAGAUUUGGAAUAUGCGUCACUGCUAGAGACGGCUUCUACUUUGGUAUCUUCUUUUAGUCUUUUUUUGGGCUUUGUUUCAAAAAUGUCCCGUUUUCAGGAGCCAUUCGAACAAAUGGCAUACGUUGCUGCCUAUGCGGUCAGCAACUAUUCAACUACUGGAAACCGCACUAAUAAGCCGUUCAAUCCACUGUUAGGCGAGACAUACGAGUUCGAUCGUACCAGUGAUCUGGGAUGGCGAAGUAUCACCGAACAAGUAAGUGCUCAUUUAAAU